CGACGAGGCGGCGAAGGAAGACGAAGAAACGGAAGAAUAAGACGAGAGGAAGAGAGAGAGAGAGAUAAAAGAGGGAAAGCGAGCGGCACCGCCGUGCGAGUAGCGGUAAUAGCGUAAUAGGACGGCGGACCAGGUGGCAGUGGUGCUGCUGGUAGUGACGGGUAGUCACCGUCGGGGUAGGGACCGUUAGGGGAAGGGGGCGGAGCGGUGUCCCGUACCGGGUGUGCGAGCGAACGAACGAAGGAACAAACUAGCGAGCAAACGAGCGAGCGGCCGAGAGACGGAGCGAGAGAACGACCCCCUUCUCGCGGCACUCCCCCGGGCUCCUCACCGUUUCUCUCUCUUGUAGGUACGCGCUCUCGUUCCGCCGGUGCGCUCGCACUCUCGCGGGCGCGGAGCGUGCGCUCUCACUCGCUCCGCGUGUGUCAUGGGCGCACGGUGGUCGUUGCGCUACCGGGUCCCUAUGCCGAUCCGACGUGGCGGAGGUGGUGGCGCAGCGUUAACAUCAUCUGCGUCGUCGUCGUGCGGCCGGCUCGUCCUGCGCUCCCGAAGGCGCGCUCUCGCGAAGUCGUCCUCGCGUUACCACGUCGCCCGUCGGCAGCGUAGCCAGCAGUGACGGCGUGAUCAGUGGACAUAGGGUGGUUUUCGUCGUAGCACCCUCUCGCGGCGACGUGCGGCCCCGUCGACGUAAACAGAGGUGAGAGAAGACGGUACAACACCCAAGAGAGAUAGAGAGAGAGAAACAGUCGGUGAGUGCGUGACGGUGCGGUGCGUUAACAUUCGGUGCGGAACGCGCGCGCGCGCGCGGUGUCUCGACGACAGCGGAGCACGCGGCGGCAGCAGCGAGUGCGGCAGUGCGCCCACCCGAACUAGAUGUGCGUAAAUGGAAGGUAUAGGGGACAUAGCCGAUCAUCAACCGCAUAGCGAGCAAUUACUGGACCCGGUCGAUUCCCCGGCGGCGGUGUCUACGCAUGGCCGGGGCGGCGGUGGGGGCGGCUCGAAUGGGAACUGUGCCGGUGGCGGAGGAGGAGGUGGUAACAGCGGAAGUAGGGGCAGCGUGGUCGGUGGGGGUAGACAUCACAACCACCACCACCAUCAUCAUCACCACCACCACCACCACCAUCAUCACCAUCAGCAGCAGCAUCAGCACGAGGUCGUCGUGGAAGCGACGGGCGGUAGGAGCGGCGGGGGUGGUAACGGCGGAGGAGGAGGAGGUGGUGGUGGUGGUGGUGGCAACGGAGGAGGUAGCGUCGAGGGUAUGUCUUCGUCGGCCUCUCAAAGCCCCGACAUCGCGUGCGCGAGCCUACCGCUGGAACUGCUCGCUGCUGGCGCGCUCGGCGUCAAGGAGGAGCGAGACCUCGCCGCCGCGGAGGACCUGUCGUCGUCCCAGGAACCGCCUGGCAGGCAGAGCGCGCGGGAGUCCCUGUCGGUGAUCGUGCCGCCUCAGGACGUGGACGUGGACUCGCGCGACGCCGACUCGGAGCUGCUCAGUCCGGGCAAGCUAACGCCGACCUCGGGGAUCAGCGUGUCGGUCGCGAGUAUGAUCGACGCGACGGACUUCAGGGCGAUGCAGCCGGAGCCGACGUAUCAGACACUGACCUCGGUCGCGGAGAGGAUGUCGCCGCCCGGCUUCAGUCCGGGCUCGUCGUACGCGACUCUGACGCCGCUGCAGCCGUUACCGCCGAUCUCCACCAUGAGCGACAAGUUCGUGUACGGCGGUCACGCUGCCGGCGGCGUCACCGGCAGCUUCGCCGUGAUGCAGAACAACGGCCUGGGUAACAUCGGCCUCGGUAUGGGCGGCUCGCCGUACGCGUACGACAAGCUACCCACCAUGGGUAUGUCGCCGCCGCACAACUAUCCUUCGCCCGGCGCGGGAUUGCAGCCGAGUCCGCUGUCGCCGCAGAGCGCGUACAGCCAGAGCGGCCUCAAUUCACCGCACAAGUCCGCCAGUCCUCACUACGACCCGGCUUUUUUGCCGAGACUGCAGCAGAGCCCGGCGGCGCUAAGUCCGUCUUCGCCGCCGGCCGUCUCGGCGACCGCGAGUUUCGCGCCAUCGCAUCAUUCGCCGCCCACGCACUCGGUGCCGGCUGCUUCGCCGCCGCCGAUGCAGACGCAGCUGCAGCAGCAACAGCAGCAGCAGCAACAGCAGCAGCAGCAACAGCAGCAGCAGCAGCAGCAGUCGAUGUUGCAGCAGACGAUAUCGCACACGCAGCACGUGCAACACACGUCGGUGGUGAUGAAGACGGUGACGACCGCGGGCAACGGCGCCGGCGAGGUCGAGGAGAUCAACACGAAGGAACUGGCGCAGCGGAUCAGCGCGGAGCUCAAGAGGUACAGCAUACCGCAGGCGAUCUUCGCGCAGCGUGUGCUCUGCCGCAGCCAGGGCACGCUCAGCGACCUGCUGCGCAACCCGAAGCCCUGGUCCAAGCUCAAGAGCGGCCGAGAGACCUUCCGGCGGAUGUGGAAGUGGCUGCAGGAGCCCGAGAUACAGAGAAUGUCGGCCUUGCGGCUAGCAGCCCUGAGCAACUGCUCUGAGAGCGGAGGCGAGCCGGACGCAAUACUGGAUAUCCGCCACCACCCAGGAACCGGGAUCGACUCGCACCACCAACAGUUUCACACCUCCUAUGACUACCAGAUGCGCAAUGUUAACGUGAGAUCGGUCAACUCUAAACGAAGGAAAACACCCUCCUCUUCCUGCUU